GGGACUUUAGAAAUACCAGAAAAAAAGAUGAAACAAUUUGGAGUUAAUCAAUCAGAGGGAUUUAUGGAGCAUGUACAGGACUAAGUACUUGGGAGAGUACUAGAUAAAUAGAGUUGGUAGACACAUUCCCUGCCCACAAAGAGUAACAAUCGACAGUUAGCCUACCCUUGCCCUCUGGCUGGAAGAUCUAUAUGCCUCCUUUCUCCUCUUCUCCACUCACCUCUACUCACUUUGCUUACCGACCUCUCCAUCUUCUGCCUUUCCUGUGACACGCACUUGUCCUAGAACUGAGUCCUAGAACUGAGCCUGAGAACUCCAUCCAAAGGGAAGCUGGCAUCCUCUCCCUGUUAUGUAAAUGAAUCUACCUGAGUCUGACUGUCUUUCCACAUUCCAAGCCUGUUUAUGUAUUGCUCGGGACCGGCGUCUCUCUCUCCCUUCCUCACUUUUUCCAGCUUUGGCCUGCUCAGCUCCGGCAUUUCAGCUCUUCCAGGUUUGGUACGAUCGUGAAGAGUUGCACAGGCAGGUAGACAGGCCUCCAUUACAACCUCCCAGGUCUUAGAACGUAAUGGCAGACACCUAAGCAUAUCUAACAUUAAAUGUGUUCGUUUCCCUGUCUGAGAAAUGGACAUAGGAGGAGGAGGAUUCGUAGCAUUCAUUAAGCGCCCGCUGGGUGUGAUAAGCACCUGGGAAAUACAAAACCCAAAGUGACACAUCCCCAGAUCGCAGUCAACCAAUGUUAUUUACUGAGCGCUUACUCAGUGCAGAGAGCAAUGAACCAAGCCCUUGGGAAAGUAGAAUAUCACAAGUAGCUUGGACUCGGGGGAGCCACUCAUAAAAGCAUUUACACUAACCGAGUGAGCUAAAUAAAUAACUGAAUGCACAUCUUGAAUAAAAGUAGUUUGGAGGGUUUGUGCCUGCAUCUUCCUCCGCCUUCCCCUUCCUCAACAAGACCUCAGAUCAUUGGACAAGAGCGUUUGUUGCUGAUCUGGGGGCGUCGGACACCCCACGUUCCCGGCGCGGUGACUUCACCUCAGCCCACAGGGACAGGAUUCCAUGUGGAACCUGAUUCCCACCAGCCUUCUGUGACAUCAUGCUCACCCCUCCCCGCUCCCAGCCACCCCACGUUCUGUUUGUCCUUCUGUGACCUCAUCCUUCCCACUUUUGAUUAGAGGAGCCGAAACAUCCUACUCCAGGGGUCAGGGAUUCUGGCAGCUUAGGCCCAACAGUUGAGGCAAUGGCAGCCCACGUCUCCUCAGCCCCAGAACAGCCAGCGACACUCGAUUCGGGGAAACCGCAGCCGAGUGGGACGGAGGAGGUUCUGCUGGACAGCUUGGCGGCGGUGAAGGCCGUGGUGGACAUCCUGCAGGCCUGCUUCGGCCCCCACGGCCGGCGGAAGCUCCUCGUGACCGCCCAGGGAGAGACCCUCUGCACCUCCCACUCGACAGCCAUCCUGUCGGCUCUGGAACUGGGCCACCCGGCGGCCCGGCUCCUCCGGGAGGCCGCCUUCACCCAAGCGGAGGAGAACGGCGACGGGACCGCUUUCGUGGUCCUGUUGGCCGGGGCCCUGAUGGAGCAGGUGGUGGUGAUGCUGAGGACCGGCCUGGCCCUGGCCGACCUGCGGGAGAGCUUGGCGGCGGCGACCGGCAGAGCCCUGAGGCUCCUGCCUGGCUUGGCCACCCUCUCCAUAGACCCCCUGGAAGACCCAGCCCGGGCCCUCCGGGCCGUGGUGGACACUCACACUCCUUCCCACUCCGAUUACCUGGCCGGGCUGGCGGGGCGGGCGUCGCUCGCUGCCCGUGGGUUGGAUGGGAGCUUCGACCCGCAGCGGGUGGCCAUUCCUGGUGCCUGGGCCAAGCUGGGCGAUUCGUGCCUGUUGCCGGGACUGGCGGUGGGUGGAGUGCCUUGCGGACAGGUGACCAUGGUGACGGGGGGGGCCAAGGUGGCACUGUUCACUUGCUCCUUUACUCUGACCAGCCCCCGGCCCUCUGCUAUCCCCCACUUCUCUUCCCCAGAUGACUUACCGUGGAGCCCCGAAGAGAAAGUGAAGGACAAGGCCCCGGUUCUGCUGGACCAGCUGGCAGACGCGGGCAUAAAUGUGGCCGUGUGUUCCGGAAGGAGAUAUCCGCCUGGGCAGGUUUCUGGCGUACAACUCUGGCAGUCCGACCUGACUCCCCCUGCCGUGCCGGGGACAUGCCGGCGGGUUUGCGCGGCAGGAGCUAAGGGAGGCUCCACGGUCGUGUUUGAAUGGGAGGGUGGCCGACCCCCAGCCCUCACCCUGGUGCUGCGGGACGCCACUGUCCCGAGGGACUGCAGGACGGCGAGCAGGCGGUCCGGCACCGCCAUCGGCGUCUACGGCCAACUGUGUCAGGAUGCCCGCCUCCUGCUGGGGCCGGCGCAGUUUGAGAUGGCGUCUGCAGGAGCUCUGAGCACUGGGGAACCAACUGUGGGGGCGGAAAGGCUGGGAUCUUGGCAUUGCCCAGGCCCUGCAGGCGUCCCUAGCGUCCUUGCCGAAAAUGCCGACUUGGCUGUGGCAGAGACGAUGGCCCAGCUGCAGAGCCUGCACGCCAGGCCGGGGAUCGGCUGGCGGGGCGUUGGGGACGAGGGGAUUGUCGACGUGGCUGGCGGUCCAGGUGUGGGACUCUCUGAGGGUAAAGAUCCGAGGGCUCGAGUUGGCGGCCGACGUGGCUCUGGGGCUAUCGACCGACAGAUGAGAUCGGAUCUUUCAGAAGACAGGGUCUCUCCCUGAGGUGGACCAAGCCUUAAGUGGAAUGCCGACCUGACUCCUAGAACAAUCUCCCCGACCCUUUGGAGGACUCUAAAUCCUAAGGAGGGGGUACCACCGCCCUCAAUAAAGGGGACCGUCGUUCCUCAUUCUGGAAGGA